GCGUUCUCUAGCCAAUCCGGGUUGAGCAUUUGAUGGUGGGCGUGGCAUGAAUUGAAAGACCUGACUAGCUGACGCUGCCACGUUAGCUUGGCAGCUACGUCUGGACCGGCAGAAAUGGCGUCGUUGACGGCGACAGAGCGAGGACUAGGGUCGGGUGCAAUACCGCCAGCCGAGCCAGUUGUACCCGCCUGCAUGUUUGCACCGGACCGGGGGUGCUCCGGCGAUCAACCCGGCGGAGAGGGUUUUGAGGACAGCGAGGCUACAAACGGCGAGUCUGUGGAUCAUUUAGACUUUAGUAGUAAGCUGGUCCUAGUCAGUCCGACAGGGGAACAGUAUGAAUCAUUACUACGGCAGCUGAGGCAGCGGAUGGAUGAGGGCUGUGGGGAGACCAUCUACGUGGUGGGAGUGGGCUCAGAUGGGGGGGACUAUGGUUUAGAUGAGAAGGACAUGGAGGCAUCGGUGGCCACAGUGCGGUCGAUGUGCGAGCAGAUUGAGGCUGACCUGAUCCUUCUAAGAGAGAGGAUGGACACAGGUGGCCAGAUCCAGGACUAUCUCAUCCGCCGACGUGUAGGUGAACAGGACUUCCUGGAAGUUAGGGUGGCAGUGGUGGGGAAUGUGGACGCUGGUAAGAGCACCCUGCUGGGGGUGCUGACCCAUGGUGAGCUGGACAACGGCAGAGGCUUUGCCCGCCAGAAGCUGUUCAGACACAAACAUGAGAUGGAAAGUGGAAGGACCAGCAGCGUGGGGAAUGACAUCCUAGGCUUUGACCAGGAGGGGCAGGUGGUAAACAAGCCAGACAGCCAUGGGGGAAGCCUUGACUGGACCAAAAUCUGUGAGAAGUCCUCCAAGGUCAUCACCUUUAUUGACCUGGCCGGCCACGAGAAAUACCUCAAGACCACAGUCUUUGGCAUGACUGGACACUUACCUGACUUCUGUAUGCUCAUGGUCGGCAGUAACGCUGGUAUUGUUGGCAUGACGAAAGAGCACCUGGGCUUGGCACUAGCCCUUAAUGUGCCAGUGUUUGUAGUGGUCACAAAGAUAGACAUGUGUCCCGCCAACAUCCUCCAAGAGACACUGAAGUUGUUACAGAGGUUAUUAAAGUCACCAGGCUGCAGGAAAAUCCCAGUACUGGUCCAGAACAAGGACGAUGUCAUUGUCACAGCCUCCAACUUCAGCUCUGAAAGGAUGUGUCCAAUCUUCCAGAUCUCUAAUGUGACAGGGGACAACAUGGACCUCCUGAAGAUGUUCUUGAACCUGCUGUCCUCCAGGACCACCUGCUGUGACAACGAACCUGCUGAGUUCCAGAUAGAUGACACCUACUCUGUGCCGGGUGUGGGCACAGUAGUAUCAGGGACUACGUUACGUGGACUGAUACAGCUAAAUGAUACGCUGCUGCUUGGCCCUGACCCGCUAGGCAGCUUCAUCCCCAUCACCGUCAAAUCCAUCCACCGUAAGAGAAUGCCUGUUAGAGAGGUUCGUGGUGGACAGACUGCUUCCUUCGCCCUCAAAAAGAUCAAGCGUUCAUCCAUAAGGAAAGGCAUGGUGAUGAUUUCUCUCCGGCUAACACCCCAGGCCACCUGGGAGUUCGAGGCUGAGAUCCUGGUCCUACACCACCCCACCACGAUAUCCCCGAGAUACCAGGCCAUGGUCCACUGUGGAAGCAUCAGGCAAACAGCCACUAUCCUGAGCAUGAACAGAGACUGUCUGAGGACAGGGGACAAGGCCACAGUCCACUUCCGCUUCAUCAAGACCCCAGAGUAUCUGCACUGUGACCAGAGACUGGUGUUCAGAGAAGGACGCACAAAAGCUGUGGGCACCAUUACUAAGCUUCUCCACUCAGUGAACACCCAGGCAGCCAAGGCUCAGCAGGCCAAGAUGCAGGCCAUGAAGAGAGCUUCGAAGGAAGGCACAGCAGCAAAUGAGGAGGCUGGAUCAUCACUGCGGCCGGCAAGUCCCACAGCAGCACAGCUACCACCAAAGUCGGGAGGUGGUGGACGCAGGAGAGGAGGCCAAAGACACCGAGGGAAAGGCUCAAAUACUGCCACCACCUCCACAACUACACCUGCUGGUGGAGCAGGCAAUGCCUGAAAAGGACCAUCCUUCUAAAUCCCACCCGCUGCUCCUCUUUGUCAGCCUCCCUCCCCCAUCUCUGCUGCAGGAAAGGAGAGCCAACACAUUGCCCUUUGACCGCGUUCGAAACGGAGUGACAAAAGACUUGACCUCAGCACUGGGAAUUGGAUGUAAAACUUGCAUUUGUUCACACUUGUGAAUUACAUACAAUUGAAUAUACUUGCGUAUUGUAUAAAAAAAUAUUUUCUAUUGGUUCUAAUUUCUUACAGACGGCCAAAGAUAAAAUUAAGUUUAAACAAGAUUAUCUUGAAGCCAAGUCAUUUGGUUGCCAUAAUUCAUAGCCUUGUAUGUAUGAUGAAGAAAGAUCAUUUCACUUCCUUCAGUUGAUAGUUCAUGAGGAAAUGUCUUGAUGCAUGCUCAACAAUGCAGGUAAGGAAAUCACAGGAAGGUGAAGCAGUUCAUCUGGACACAACGUUUAUUGACAAAAGUUUCAUUACUCGUCUAAUGCCCCUUUUCCACUACAUGGUACCGGCUCGACUCC